AUGAAUAGCCCGAUUCUACCUUCCGUGCACACAAUUGCCCCCUUACUUACAGCAUUUCCAGCAUCGUCAAGCAUGUCACGUCAUAAAAGGUCACUUGCAGCAUCAUACGCAUCGUACGCCGUUCGCGUCCACACAAGGCACGGCAUUAAAACCCUGACUUUUGAUGUGCUUGCUCAGCUAUUCACAUCCACCGCUAAAAAAGCGGCAGAGGAUCUUGGUAUCAGUAGUCGCACGCUUAUUCGCGUGUGCCGUUCGCUUGGGAUCCGUCGCUGGCCAUAUCUCGGAUUUCGAAGUGAAAAAAAUGUCGAGCGUAUUCGCCACGAGGCAAUGGAGAAUUUGCAUUGUAAGCUGAUGAAAGAAGGCGAGUCGCUGUCAACAGCAAUUUUGCACUGCAAUGCUCCCAAUUUUCGAGGUGCGAGCGCUAAGCGUCUGUUAAAGAUGCCGGAGCUGCGCCCGCCAUCACUUGAUGAAGCAACGCCAUCAAAAAUAUCCACUGUUUGUGCAAGUUGCUGGUCUUCUCCUCAAGCCCCAUCAAACUCGACCACAACUGUCCCCAAAGAUGACACACACAUGUCUGGUUCCGUUGAUAGUGGUUCCGUUAACAAUGUGUCGUUGGCAGCAAGAGCCACAGCGACCUUCGUGGUUCCAGAUUUUUCAGCAAAACCAUUAUUAUCUCCACCGUCCACGACUCAAAGCUUCAGAUUUGACCUCCAGCGAGUUAGUCCAUGCAAGGAAGCAAGCAUCGCUACGUCGAUUGUGAGCCCAUUUCCUAAAAGUAAUACGUGGAUGGCCCGAAAGGUCUCUAAUUGGACACCUGUGUCAUGCAAAACGUCACCCAUUCCAUCACUGGAUCUACUUGUAGAUGCCUCAAUUCUAACUCGUUUUAAAAACGAAAUACCGACAGACCAGGCACGCGGUACCCAACAGCUUUCCACUCCCCCUCGUGCUAUGUCGAUGAAGGACAUCCUGACGCUGGGCCAUUAA